GUUGACAACUAUUUAUUAUCUGUUUUAGGUUUAAAAAGAUAUCAUUUAAUUUCCAAUCAGACGAUACAUGAAGUAUUUUGAAGUUUGGUAGAAGAUGAUAUCUAGAAAAGAUUACAACUAAAAGUCAAAAUAUUCCUUCAUUUUAGGUAAACCCUAUCUUAAAUUUAAAACAUAUCUUUAUUUAAAACUGAAAAAAUGAAAGCAAGCUGAUCUGACAAAACUCUCACAUCUUCCUCCACUCCUAAUCACAAAAGAUGAUGAGUGUUUUUAUCUUCACCCUCAGAGUCACCCUCAUACUCACCCUCAGAGUCACCCUAUGGGGGUUGCUCAGAUUUAAUAUGGGAUUUGGUAGAUUGCAUGUCUUAUCUGACUGAUGAAAGUGAGGUGACAAAGCCAGGCCCUGAUUGUUGCACUGCGUUUGAAUUAACAAUGAAUACCGAUGCUUCGUGUAUUAUAGAAGCCACAAAGAUCGCUCCUUCCUAUGAUAUUAAUUUGAAUGUUACAAGGGUCCUGAUGAUGCCUGAAGUUUGUCGUGAUGUUUCCUUGCCUCCUGAGUCAACUCCUGUUAAACCUCCAAUGACUCCUUCAAAACCAUCAUCACCAGCUCCAAAAUCAUCAGCAAAGAGUACUCCAGUGACACCAAGUUCCAAGACUCCAUCCCCAACAUUCUCAAGCAGUACUGGAGGUGGAGUUCCAGCCUCAUCUCCAUUGUCACACUCUGGAACCUAUUCUACAACUGUUUCCUUCGGUGUUCUUGUUAGUAUGCUUAUUGCUUCAUUAGUGAUUUAGGAUACGGUAAAAAUAAAAAAAAUUAUUUUCAUUAGUGGUUUAGGAUAUGGUAAAAAAAAAAAUUUCAUUGGUGGGUUAGAAUAAGGUAAAAUUUUAUUCUCAUUUUAAU